UAACGGAGUAGCUAACGCGGAGGGAGAACUACGCCCUUAGCUGCGAACAAGUGUUGUUUUCAUCAUUUUGGGUCAGAGCUGUCAAACAAGGAAACUAUGAGCUGCCGUCUGCAAGUAGCGUAAUGACAAGCGGAGAAGAUCAGACGCAAAUUGCUGCGAGGAUUUAAUUGAAGGACUUUACACAGUCUCAGCAGCAAAAAUGGUCCAAGGAACGAUUGACUGCAGUGAACAAGUGAUUAAAAAGCUCUUCGACAACAUUAUGGAUCAAAAUCAGCUGAGCGUGUUGAACCAAAUCACUUCCAGGGAAUCCUCAGAAAAAUUUGCAGACUUAAUAACUAGUCUAGAAGAAAAAUUGAAAAGAUGUGGACACCUAAAAAAGGGUAACAUUAUAUGUGCUCAAAGAGACAGAGCUGUUUCAACAAUCCGGUGUUUGACACACUUCUACACUUGUACUUCUGUUACUUUCGCCACUGCAGUUAGCUCUCUGGAUCGAUUUCUAUCCAAAGUCAAGGUACAACCAAAGUAUUAUUCCUGUGUGGCAACAGCUUGUUUUUAUCUAUCCAUUAAAUUUCUAGACGAGGACGAGAAUGCACCAUCAGCAACGCAGUUGUCUAACUUGAUGCAGCAUGCAUGGAAAUCCUCAGAUUUAAAACGAAUGGAAAUGGUCAUCCUCCAAAAAUUGGAUUGGAAUCUCUGGGUUGAAACCUGUCCGUCUCUACUUAAAACUUUAUGUGAUAUCAUUCAAAAUUUUACCACAUCUCCAAUGCUGGACCAACUUAUACAAAAGUUUGAGACCUGCAUCAACUACAGCUCAUGUGCAAUCUAUUCUACUGCUACCUUGGCUCUUGCCCUGAUUCAUCACAGUCUCAAAGAGAGCAAUUUGAUGAACGAUGCUGUAAGACAGUGUGUUUUAGAUCUUCACAACAUCUGCCAGGUGUCAGAUGCUGAGUUUUAUGAAUGUCAAGCAGCAGUAGGUCAGGUGCUUGAUAACUACAAGAACAGUCCAAAAACCCAUCCUCGCUGUCUUCCAACACCCAAACCUUUCCUCCGGCCAAACCUGGUAUCACGUCCCAGUCUGUAUGGAGAUUCAGAGUUACCUGCCAUUGAAGAAAAUCCUUCGUUGGAAGUGGUAGUCAGUGAAUCAGAGAGUGAUAUAUUUAUAAAGUAUGUGGACCAAAAGUAUGUGUAUGGAGGUCAAAGUUGGAGCCGGUGUAUUCUACCUCAGAAAAGUGCCACAUGUAGUUUGGAGUAAUCUUUGAAGUGCAAUAUUACAAACAUUAGCUUUAGAAUGCCAAGUUUAAGCAUAUCCUGUUAUAAAUCAAAAUUAUUUAUUUUUACAGUUUUACAUUGAAUAUUGUUUUAUUAAUAGUAAGCAAAUUACUUACAGAAAGUUAAAUGUAAAGCUGUUUUAAUUGACAUUUUAUGUUUUAAUGAUGUGUUAUUUUAAUACUCCCUUAUUUAUUUAAAUCUUAAUGACAUUGUACAGUGAGAGACAAAGAAAAGUCUUAAAUGCUGGGUCAUAGACAUCUUAUUUUGUUUAUUUACACAAAAUGUCUCUAGCAUAACACAGGAAAUGAGUAUUCUGUAACAUAUAUAGAAAAGUUUAUCUAGAAUAAAAAAAAAUUCCAGUUGGAAAAAAUUAUUCAGAAAUCCAUUGUUGUAUAGGUAGCUAUAAUUAUUAUUAUUUUGUAUUCAGUGUUUUAAAUGUUGUGUGUGUGCGUGGAGUAAAUCUGUAUUGUGUGUGAACUCUAUGAAAGGUUUUGUGUAUGGAUAGAAGUUACUUAUUUAGAGACUGUAUUAAAAUUGGUGCAAAUAAAAUAUUUUUUAUACAAAUCAAAAAUUGUUUUACC